AUGACUGUCACUCUGGGUGUUAUCAACCCCGACCACGCAUGGGAAUAUACCAAUACCACGUCCAAUUGCAGCAAGCGCACGGGAAUUUCCACGGUCAUGAUAGUGGUCAAGUACGUCGCAAGAAUUAUUGCUACGGUCAAAGUAGUGAUUGAUAUCUGGAAGUUCCUUGCUGGUAUGAUCAAGCUGAAGUCAGAGGCGGACUCGUGCACGUUGACAAAUAGGACGGAUAUUAGUGAUGAUUAUUUCUAUGGCUAUGCGUACAAGGCCACAACUUCUGGAGCGAAUUAUAACACUACGGCGGAACACGGGGCAAUCCUGAGUGCCGUUGAAAUAUGUACUGCUACCUUGCAUUCUAAAGGUACUUCCGUUGGCUGCUGCACUUUCCACCGUGGGGGUACUUGGCAUGGCCAUCUGCAGCUGAGUGCUGAGCCGGUGAUCUAUCCCGUGCACAAAGUCACUUGUUAA